AUGGGGCUGAAGGCAGUGGGCGUCGAGAGAGGCUGGAGGUUGGGAACAGCGACCGGCCGUUUGCGAAGAUGCGAGCGUGCCUCCUUCCUGAGGGCAGGAGGUUUGAAGCAUGCUUUUGUAAAGCAAGGGGAAUGGGCUUUGCAAAGGUCCUCAGAGGACUGGCCUAACGAGCCGUCGCAGGAAGGGCAAAUGUUAAUGACCCAUCGCUGCAGUCUGCACAGGCAAAUUACCCCUUCUGUCCGGCUCUUCAAGCUGAUGGACUUCUGCCCAAGAUUUUCCAUUCUUCAGGCAAUUAUGGAAGCAGCAGUACAGAACAACUGGCAAGUGACAGCCAGAUCUGUAGGAAGCAUAAAGGAUGUUCAAGAGUUCAGAAGAAUUAUAGAGGAGAUGGACAGGCGGCAAGAAAAAAGAUACUUAAUUGACUGUGAAGUAGACAGAAUCAACACCAUUUUGGAACAGGUUGUAAUCCUUGGCAAACAUUCUAGAGGCUAUCACUACAUGUUAGCUAACCUGGGUUUCACAGACAUUGUUCUGGAGAGAGUAAUGCACGGAGGUGCCAAUAUUACUGGAUUCCAGAUUGUCAAUAAUGAAAACCCAAUGGUUCAACAGUUUCUACAACGCUGGGUGAGGCUCGAUGAAAGGGAAUUCCCUGAAGCCAAAAACUCACCAUUAAAGUACACGUCUGCACUGACCCAUGAUGCAGUCCUAGUCAUAGCCGAGGCUUUCCGUUACCUCCGAAGACAGCGUGUGGAUGUCUCCAGGAGAGGUAGUGCUGGAGACUGCCUGGCUAACCCUGCAGUACCAUGGAGCCAAGGAAUUGAUAUAGAAAGAGCACUCAAAAUGGUGCAAGUUCAAGGAAUGACAGGGAACAUCCAGUUCGAUACCUAUGGGCGGAGAACAAAUUACACAAUUGAUGUGUAUGAAAUGAAAGCUGCUGGAUCACGGAAGGCUGGUUAUUGGAACGAAUAUGAAAGAUUUGUGCCAGCAUUAGAUCAGCUGCCCUCUAACGACACUUCAUCCGUGGAGAACAGAACUAUAGUAGUCACUACCAUCUUGGAAUCACCAUAUGUAAUGUAUAAGAAAAACCAUGAACAACUAGAAGGGAAUGAGAGAUAUGAAGGAUAUUGUGUAGACUUAGCUUCUGAAAUAGCAAAACAUGUUGGAAUAAAAUACAAACUGUCAAUUGUUGGAGAUGGGAAAUAUGGAGCUAGGGACCCUGAGACUAAGAUAUGGAAUGGCAUGGUGGGUGAACUGGUCUAUGGGAGAGCAGAUAUAGCUGUUGCCCCCCUCACCAUAACACUGGUGCGAGAAGAAGUCAUAGACUUUUCCAAACCCUUUAUGAGCCUGGGCAUCUCCAUCAUGAUCAAGAAGCCUCAGAAAUCUAAACCGGGCGUAUUCUCUUUCCUGGAUCCUUUGGCUUAUGAGAUUUGGAUGUGUAUAGUCUUUGCUUACAUUGGCGUCAGCGUAGUUCUUUUCCUAGUCAGCAGAUUCAGCCCUUACGAAUGGCACUUGGAAGACAGCAGUGAAGAACCACGUGACCCUCAGAAUCCUCCUGACCCUCCAAAUGAGUUUGGAAUAUUUAACAGCCUUUGGUUUUCCCUGGGUGCCUUUAUGCAGCAAGGAUGCGAUAUUUCUCCAAGAUCUCUCUCAGGGCGAAUUGUCGGAGGAGUCUGGUGGUUCUUCACUCUCAUCAUUAUCUCUUCCUACACUGCUAAUCUUGCUGCCUUCCUUACGGUGGAAAGGAUGGUUUCUCCCAUAGAGAGCGCAGAGGACCUGGCUAAACAAACCGAAAUAGCCUAUGGCACUUUGGAUUCAGGCUCAACCAAAGAAUUCUUUAGAAGGUCAAAAAUAGCCGUCUACGAGAAAAUGUGGUCGUACAUGAAGUCGGCCGAGCCCUCGGUGUUCACCAAAACGACGGCAGACGGGGUGGCGAGGGUGCGGAAGUCGAAGGGCAAGUUUGCCUUCCUGCUGGAGUCCACGAUGAACGAGUACAUCGAGCAGCGCAAGCCCUGCGACACCAUGAAAGUUGGCGGCAACCUGGAUUCCAAGGGCUAUGGUGUAGCAACCCCCAAAGGCUCAGCAUUAAGAAAUGCUGUUAACCUGGCAGUAUUAAAACUGAAUGAGCAAGGCCUCUUGGACAAAUUGAAAAACAAAUGGUGGUACGACAAAGGAGAGUGCGGCAGCGGGGGAGGUGACUCCAAGGUCAGCCUCAAUGUCACCACAAUCGGGUACCUUAGCAAAGAGUAA